GCGCGAUAGAAGGAUAGAGAGCGCGUGGUUGUUGAACGAGUAAGAAAACUUGAAAACGUCGCCACGAUGACACCGUACAGUGGGAAUGAAAAAACAAAACCCAACGACUAAGACCACCCACCACCGUAUCGUAGCUUCUCCGUCAAACAUUCAAUAAUUAUCUAACCACGGCGCUAUUACACUUCAAAUGUAAUCUUUAUGGAAUCCCAAUCCCAUUCAAUUCUCCCUAGUAUGGACCCUUCUGAAGAUCUUUCCUCUGUUUGGGACCUCACUUAUUUCCUUGACUUUAAUCUAGAUGAAGAUACAUCUCUCCCUUUGAAUCUGGACGACAAAAUUCCACCACUCCCACCUACUCCCAACCCUAACCCACCUAACACCAACCCUAACCCUCCUAACACCAUCCCUAACCCUCAGAUCCGAAAACGUGACCCUAGACUCACUUGCUCCAACUUUCUCGCGGGUGUGGUUCCAUGUGCGUGUCCUGAACUCGAUGCUCAGCUCGAAGAAAACGGUUUACCUGGUAAGAAACGUGCUCGUACCGCACGUGCAUCUACUUCGUCGCGUUGUCAGGUUACUGGUUGUGAAGUUGAUAUAUCUGAACUUAAAGGUUAUCACCGACGUCAUAGAGUUUGUUUGCGAUGUGCAAAUGCCGCUACCGUUCUUCUUGAUGGUGAGGCUAAGAGAUACUGUCAACAGUGCGGAAAGUUUCACGUUUUAUCGGACUUCGACAAAGAUAAACGAAGUUGUAGAAGGAAAUUGGAGCGUCAUAACACUAGGAGAAGGAGAAAGGCUUCAGAUUCUACAGAAGUUGUUGAUCAUGAACUUCAAAUUGUUACUCAAAACGAGGAUUCAAAUUGUGAUGGAGAAAUUGGAAUAGAUUAUUCGAAUUUGAGCAGUCAAAAUAUUGAUAAAAGAGUGUCGCCAGAUCAUGAAGAAGAACCAUCUGCUAUUCGGUCCUCAUCUCCAGAGACACAGAAUAUUAACAGUGAUAGUGUUGUGUCCGUUGUUGCUUCGGCUGAAACACAAGUGAAUGUUGGAAAAGAUGUUUCCAAUAUUUCCAAGUCGCCUUCAUAUUGUGACAAUAGAAGUGAUUAUUCUUCUAUGUGCCAAACAGGUCGGAUUUCUUUUAAGCUUUACGAUUGGAAUCCUGCAGAAUUUCCGAGAAGGCUACGGAACCAAAUAUGCCAAUGGUUGGCAAGUAUGCCUAUGGAACUGGAAGGAUAUAUCCGCCCUGGGUGUACAAUCCUGACUAUUUUUAUUGCAAUGCCAAAUAUUAUGUGGAUAGGUCUACUCAAAGAUCCUAUGUAUUACAUGCACGAUCUUGUUGCUCCUAGAAACUUGCUAUGGGGAAGAGGCUCUGCUCUUAUUCAUCUGAAUGACACGAUCUUCAGUGUUAUGAAAGAUGGAAGUUCUGUGACAGAAGUCGAGGUAAACAUGCAGGUACCUAGGCUUCACUAUAUUCAUCCCACAUGCUUUGAAGCAGGGAAACCGAUGGAAUUUUUUGCUUGUGGAAGUAAUUUGCUGCAGCCUAAGUUUCGGUUUCUUGUAUCUUUUUAUGGAAAGUAUCUGAAGUGUGAGUAUUGUGUCCCAUCUCCACAUAACUGGACUGAAGACAAUAGUUCUUGUGCUUUUGACAAUCAGUUAUACAAAAUAUGUAUUCCUCAUACUGAGGAAAAUCUCAUGGGGCCUGCAUUUAUUGAGGUUGAGAAUGAGUCUGGUUUAUCAAACUUUAUUCCUGUACUUAUUGGGGAUAAAGAAAUUUGCACUGAAAUGAAGAGAUUGCAAAAAAAACUAGAUGUAUCUCUCCUUUAUAAACAAUUUCGGUCCGCAGCUGGUGGUUCUAUUUGUAGUUCAUGUGAAGCUUUUGUCCAUACUCAGACGUCAUCUUCAUUAGACUUGCUUCUAGACAUAGCAUGGUUACUUAAGAACCCUGCUUCAGAAAAUUUUGAAAGAGUGGUAUCUACUUCACAUAUUCAAAGAUGUUGCUAUUUGUUGGAUUUUCUAGUAUGCAAUGAUUCAACAAUCAUGUUGGGAAAAAUAUUACCAAAUUUGAUAAUUUUAACAGAAAUCGUGAAAUCCAAUUUAAGUGAUGUUGACACGGCCCAACUACUAAAGUGCAUGGGUAAUGCUAGAGAUGCUAUUUAUCAGAAACAUCAUAAAGGUGGAGGUAUAGUUUUUCACUCCAAAAUGGAAGAUUGUCAAAGUUGUUCUCAAGAUGACAUGUUAUCGGUAGUUGAAGUUAAUAGUCAGGGUAUCCUGUCUAGAGCAGAUGCAGAAUUGGGAUAUGUAAGAAGUCUUGCUUUUGAUGAAAAAAAUCAUAGUACGCCUCUUUUGAAAAGAGAUAUUAUAAUGAACGUGGAAGAGUUGCCUAACAAAUGUGACCAUCAAUAUCUUACAAAGGGAUUCUUGAGCUCUCGACCAACUAUUUUUGUGCUUGUCUCAAUUGGUGUUUGCCUUGCGGUAUGCGUAUCCGUCCUUCAUCAUGGGAGGGUUAAUGAGUUGGCGGUAUCCAUCAGACGGUGUUUGUUCAACCAUUAACAUAAUUUUUUUACUUUUGUACUUACAUUGGUACAUAUU